UGUACUCUCACAUCCAGAAUAACAGUCGGAGAAUCUAGACUUUUAACAAUUUUGAUUGAAUAGAAUUAUUAACUGUUUAUUUACUGGUACUGACUUGAAUAUCGCUUCAUUUAUAGAUCGUCUAACGUUACUAUUAACCGCGCAACAGUGAGCCGGAGGUGAGCGAACAGUCGCUAAGCAUGUAACUCAAGUCAUAAUCCAGAGCCACGCAACUUGAGCUCGGGCUAAUUAUCAGACAUUUAGUUUAGAGAUGCUGUCAUCACAUCAUUGCACUUGCAAUGGGCUUGUAUCGUCGAUCUGUAGAUGUUGACACAUCUGGAGCUGUAAUUGGCUGAGGAAAGAUGCAACAGGUCCCGUACGGAUCUGUGGAUCGAGACAAGCCUCUCAUCCGUGUGCCUUUCACCCGGUUAGCGGUGAUCACAGUGUGUCUGCCUCUACUCGGCCUCGUCGCCUGUAUCGUGCUGGCUCUGCUCUACCACUACAAUGAUGCGACCUACACACACUGCGAGGUUCCUAACUACCUCCCGUCCAUCAGCGCAGCCAUCAGUCUGACACCGGAGCGCUACAUCUGGCGUUUCAGCAUCGGCCUGCAUUCUGCUCCACGCUUCCUGGUAGCAGCAGCAUAUUUGAGCUUUUACCGCGGACGCUUUUCCAGGAGGCUGACGGAGCAGCUUUUGAGUGCUCUCACAUUCCUCUUAGCUUUAAGUGAAAAUGUAGGGCUGCUUCUGCUCACCUACGUCUCCUCCAAUGAGACCUACAGUGUCCAUAAGAGCGGCUUCAUCUUGUUUAUUGACUCCCUGUUCCACAUGAUGUGCACCUGCAAGCUGUGGUCCUUGAUUGCAAAGUAUUCCCUCAGUGCAGAGGAGAUGAAGUCAUACCGCCGGAAGCUCCGCCUCUUCCUCUUCAACGGUUUCUUCGGUCUGUUGGCUGCUUACUUCUACAAGCGGCACAACGCAUACUGUGAAGCAGGAAUUUACACAUUCUUUGCUUUUUGUGAGUAUCUGGUGGUGCUGUCCAACAUGGCCUUCCACAUGACUGCCUACUGGGACUUUGGAGGUUCUGAAGCCCCACCCUGGAGUGCUGAGGAAGAAAAGAAUGAAGAGUUGAAGGCGCAGUGCAUGCUGGGACCUCUGUUUCCUGAAGGGACUGCCAGCCAGUUUCCCCAUUACAAGGAAGUAAAGCCGACAAGCUGCCAGGCAACAACACCCUCAUUACUCAUAUAAGACCAGGUAUGUCUAAGGGGCCGGUUCACACAGAACGUGUUUUUGCGUUUCACUGCGCUGCUUUUUAAUAAAGUAUGACAGUGGUGUUCUGGAAGUAAAAAUCCCAUUCGUUUUCUGAAUAAGAAAUCAACUUUGAACGAUAACUUAGAAACCUUUAAAGACAAACCUGCUGUGAGCUAUGAGGUUGUUAAUCGUUGGUGUAUGCUUCUGUUUAAACCAUCAGCCUGUAUAACUUAUUUUUUUAAAGGGGUCAUAUGAUGCUAUUUUAAAGAACAUUAUUU